AUGGGGCACCUAAAAAAUAUUCAUAAGGCAGCUUUCCGAGAGCUUACCGAUGAUGGCUCAACAAAAAUUACGGAUUCUUUACCCUCAACAAGUUUUAAAUCUAUAAAGGAACCCACUAAAGAAGCAGAUAGAAGUGACGCCUUGAAAGAACCUGAAAAUAAAACUGUUGGUCCACCAAAACGCCAAAAAACUAUUCAAGCUAGUUUUGAAGGGAUUUAUGCUUUCUCGGCCAAUGGUGACAAAACUAUUAAAAUUAAUAAUGCCUUAGUAUAUAUGGUGUGUAAGGAUAAUCAGCCAUUUACUAUUGUAGAGAACGAAGGCUUUCGCAAUUUCCUUAAAGUGAUUGAGCCGCGUUAUAAACUUCCCAAUAAAACAACACUCACUCGUUGGGUUGAUGACAAAUACGCCGCCCUAUCAGGAAUCAUCCGUGAAAAGUUGUCGGGCAUUGAAAAUCUGACUUUGACAACUGACAUGUGGUCAGAAUCGAUGUCCAUGAGGAGCUUUCUUGGAGUCACAGCUCAUUUCGGUGUUGGCAGUGAGUUGUUUUCUAUCACUCUGGGAGUAAGCCAAUCAAAUGAACGCCAUACAUCACAACACAUUGCUGAAAUGCUGCUGAACACUUGCGACGAAUGGAGUAUUGACAAAGACCAAAUUUCGGCUGUGGUGACGGACAAUGCACCAAAUAUGGUGAAAGCUGUAGAGCUAGCCUUUGGUAAAAAGCACAUACCUUGUUUUGCUCAUAUUUUAAACUUGGUUGCACAAAAUUCAAUAGAACAAUGCAAACCACUACGCGAGUUAAUAAGCAAAGUCAAAGAUGUUGUGACGUGGUUUAAACAGAGCAACAUAGCAAGCAACGAACUCCGUAAAUCAACCUCAGACGAAACUAAAUUAAUUCAACAGGUGCCUACUAGAUGGAAUAGCACAUAUUAUAUGAUUGAGCGAUUCAUCGAUCUUCGUGAGAUUGUUAACAAUAUAAUCAUCAGACACAAAAAUGCACCAGCUAUGCUGCAUGCGUCAGAACUUGCACAUCUAAGUUCAGUUCUACAGGUACUACGUCCAAUAGAAGCUGCUACGGAGGAGGUCUCAGGUGAUAAGUAUUGCACUAGCAGCAAAGUAAUACCACUUAUUCAUUGCCUCGUUUUAAAAAUUAAGCCUCUGAGCUUCGACGACUCGAUUGCCAAAGAGCUACAGUCUCUGGUUCUUAAGGAGAUUCAGAAGAGAAUGGGUGUCAUCGAAAACGUAACUCCCCUCGCUAUAGCCACGGUAUUGGACCCCAGAUUCAAGAAAAUGCAUUUUACGGAUCCGCUUGCAUGCUCUGCUGCUGUAGGAAAAAUAAAAGAUCUCAUGAAAGCCGCAGCCCACAACACGACCAAAGAUUCGGAGUCAUCGGAACUUUCUGAUAAAAAUGAGGAUAACUAUUCAUUGUGGGAGGACCACCACAAGCUAGUCCAUAAAAGUUGGAAAUUGUCAAAGGCCGAUGACACUAUUUCUGAUGAGCUGGCCAUAUAUCUACGUUGCCCAGUGGGUAGACUCACUGAAAACCCAUUGGAAAUUUGGAAGGACUUGGAGAUACAGCUCCCACAAUUGAAGCCAAUCGCAUAUAAAUAUCUGACCAUGGUGGGAACAUAUCAAGAUGCUAUGGCUAGACAACCACCUCCACGGACCCAACAACAGAGGAGACCCCAGCAACGUAGGAAUAAUAAUGCUGGUCGGGUACCCCCACCCGUCGCCACAACUGAGACACCACCAAAAGAUGAGCCGCUAUACGAAGGCUCCAUAUCUGCAUAA